UGUUCGGUGGAAAAGCUUUAAAAUUUUCAGUGGAUUAUUGCCAAAACGUGACCCUCUAACCAGUCAUAUUUUUAAUAUUUCAAGUAGUCGUACGCUUACAACAAGUCGGUUAAUUGAAAUUUAAGUUUUUUUUGGCUGAAAAUACGUUCUGUUUAGAUUUUUAUUUUGUGCUGUCAAAAUGAACCGCAAAAAUAAAUCAAAGAAAUCAAAGUCAAGUAGAAGCCGUUCGCAAUCUUUGUUCGCCGAAAUUGGCGAUGAAAAUGAUGAAAGUUCCGGCGAACAAAUGUAUCAAAUAAAAACAUCAAAAAUUAUGGGACGGUAUAUGGUGGCAACAAAAGACAUAAAACCAGGACAAUUAAUAAUCAAAGAGGAGCCCUUGGUGGUAGGACCAUGUACUGCUUGUAAAGUUCAAUGUUUGGGAUGCUACAUCACACUCGAGAACACGAUCAAUUUUGUCAAAUGUGCUAAUUGUGGCUGGCCUCUCUGCGCAACCACAUGUCCUGGAUACCAUAAGAAACAUGGACAUACACAAUUGGAAUGUUCAAUACUUAAAGAAUGCAAAUCGGCGAGUUUUUUAAAUUAUGAUGAUGUUCAGUCGAUGAGAGCUCACUUCCAAACAAUUGUUCCUCUACGAUGUCUACUUUUGAAAACGACAGACCCCAGCGUUUUUAACUCCAUUAUGGACAUGGAGAGUCAUAAUGAAAUUCGAAAGCACAUUCCAGAAGUGUGGAAUGGAAAUGAAACUUAUGUAGUGAAUAGGAUAAUUAAAGACUGGGGUCUUACAGAAUUCACUAGCGGGGAAAUUCAUACAAUAUGUGGAAUUUUAGAGGUGAACUGUUUCGAAAUUGGACAACAAGGAAUAAACAUUAGAGGUCUAUAUCCUACAGCUUUUCUAAUGUCACAUGACUGUGUACCAAAUACUAAUCACAGUGAUGAGGAAGUAAAUUACAAAUUAACUGUUAGAGCUUCUACUCCUAUUUUGGAAGGACAACCUAUUACUCUGAGCUACGCUUAUACCUUACAAAACACGAUGAAGAGAAGAGAACAUCUUUUGGACAAUAAGUUUUUUGAAUGUUGCUGUGCUAGAUGUUCAGACCCAAAAGAAUUAGGAGCGUAUACUAGUGCCUUAUACUGUCCGAAAUGUGAAAGGGGAAUUGUAUUAGCAGAUAAUGCUUUAAAUAUAGAAACAACAUGGAGCUGUACUUCUAAAAAUAUCGGAAAAUGUACUGGAUAUACUAUUUCAGCCAAAUCAAUGAAACUUUUAAUUGAAAGGGUUACAGAAGAGGUAGACAAUAUCGACUGCAACGACAUUCCCGGAAUGGAAGCGUUCCUGGACAAAUACCGAAAUGUUUUAUAUCCAACUCAUUAUAUAAACUUAGGCGUGAAAAUAUCUUUAAGUCAAUUAUAUGGGAAAAUCGACAACUAUUUAAUAUAUGAAAUGCCUGAAACAUUGUUGGAGAGAAAAAUUAGUCUCUGCAAAGAACUGAUGGAAAUAUUCGACAUUAUUGAACCGGGAUAUACUAGAAUAAGGGGAGUUACGUUGUAUGAACUACAUGCCCCUUUAAUGAUCAUACUAACGAGGCAAUUUGAGAAAAAUGCGUUGUCCAAGUACGAGUUGAAAACGAGGUUAAGAGAAGUGGUCAAAUGUUUGGUCGAGGCUAGUCUUAUUUUAUGCAACGAACCGAAAAGUUCUCCAGAAGGAAUGAUGGGAAUCGCCGCGAAACAGGCCCUUCUUCAAAUUAAGGACUGGGAGAAUAUUGUUGGCAAAAUAUAAAACAUGUAGAAUAUAUAAAAGUUUGAGUACCUCUUCAUAUUAGUCCAGUACAAUUCCUACUAAAUUAUCAUAUAAAUAUAAGUUUUGAUAAGAUAACAAUACAAAUAUUCUACUCACUUCUUUUUUUACUUUUGGAUUAAAAGAGAACAAAAUUGUAAUUGUGAAAGACUUUUAUUUUUAGAUAUUUAACAACUACUUUAAUAGUUUGUAAAUAAUCAUAAGUAAAUAUUUUAUAACGUACAUUUUAUAAAUGUAAGUGUAUUACUGUUUACAAUUUGUUUAUAUUUUAA